AUGGAUGAUCUGAAGAAAAUCAUUCGCUCACUGGCUAUAUCCAACGUCACUAGUGUCUAUACGGUAGCGCAAUUGGAUAAGGACUUCAGAAAUCUGGAAGGAUAUAGCAUCCCAUUCCAACGAUGUGGAUUUCGGACGCUCGAUUCAAUGCUCCAUAUAAUGUCCGAUGCUCUACGGGUAAGCGGUUAUGGGCCAAAUGCAACAAUUCAGCCAAUCGUCACAAGUAAAAACGUGCACAUAAGCGAGCUUGUAAAAAAAAGUAAAAAGAGCACCAAUCGGCGAAGAAUUAACACCUUUAGCAAUGGAUAUUCUUAUCCAUCGAAUCUGCCAAACGAUUACUCUAAAUCAGACAGGAAAUUUGACAGCGCUGUUUUUGCUAAGCGAAAUGAUUUUGUUUUAUCUGAUUUCUCUGACGAUUUUGACGAUGACUUCGACGAGCCGUAUAGUCCGAUAAUACAACCUGUUCAAAAUAAGAUACUGCCGGCUGGAGCUGAACCGCAUCAAAUAGACAACCAUGCAAGAAAAGAUUACAAUUCAGGCGAAACAUCAAAAACAACCAGCAAUUUCUAUGCUACUAUUAAUACCUGUGAUGAAAGUAAUAGUCCAAGCAGAAGAAGUCACGAAGCUUCAAUUUUUAAUAGUGAAUUGCAAAAGGAACCUAUUUUACCAGCCGAUGCGAUGGCAUUGAAUGAGAACGUGUGCGAAACUCCACUUUUCGCUCAUUUAAAACCGGGAGCAAAUGUUAAAGCUAUGGUGACGGCAGUGCUCGAUCCAUCAAAGAUGUACGUACAUUUGGUGGAACACACGGAUAAGCUAUUGAGGCUUGCACCAUAUAUAGACAGCUUCUACAACACAACGGCUGGUGAAAAGGAGUGGAUGAUGUCUGAAACAAUGGCACAAGCUGGUCUCUAUUGCGUCGCGAAAUACCACAAUCGCUGGCAUCGAGCGCUUAUUAAAAGUGUUGUAGAUAACAACCGUGUACUUUUGUUGUAUAUCGACUAUGGCUAUAUGAGAUACGUUUCACUAUCGGAAAUCAGGUACCUUACACGAGAGCUAUCUUCUAUUCCGUAUCAAACCAUUCAAAUUGCAUUGCCAUACUUGAACCCUGUAAAUGGAAUAUGGAGUAACGAUUGUAAACAGUUUGUAGCUAAAAGCGUGUACCAAAAGGUUUUACAGAUGGACAUCAUCAGUGUUCGAAAAGAAGGUAAUGUAUUAAAUGUUAUUCUUACGGAAUCUCCAAAAAGUCAUAACGACUUAAGUCUUAAUAAACUAUUGGCUUUACGUGAUGACGUUGUUUCGACCAGUAAAUUAGCCCAUUCAGAAGAACAAUAA